AUGUUACAAGGAGACAUGUUUCAUCAUGUCCCGCGUGCGGCGCAGAUGCAUCCUCAUCCUGAUUUCAGCAACAACGCUGAACCGGUAACAGCGAGCACGAGUUCGGCUUCCUCCACGAUAGACAUAUCGACUACGUCCUCUUCAAGCGCAGUUACCGCAACCACUCCGUCCACAACUACAGAUAUGGGGCCGCAGGCUACCUUUCUAUACCCGACGGAACUGUUGACCUUGAACAACAUCGAUGUGAUCCAAGUCAGCUACAGCACUGUGUGGAAAAAUGUGGUUUUGUCAAUAUUUUGUGAGAUGAGUCCAGGGUCAGAUCAAUUCGCGUUGGCCAAUGUGAACCAGAUCGAGUCAAAUGGCACGUAUGCUAUUGCGCCUAUUCAAGCUGGGAUGCAGAUCGCUCAAUUUCCUACCUAUUGCAACUUCAUGCUCUGCGAUGCCCAGAACAGGACAGACUCUACCACAGCGGCAGGCUUCACAAUGGUCAGCACCCAAGGCAUUGCCACAACCUACGCUCUGGCCGCUACACGAGCAGCGACGACCUCGGCAUCGGUGACUGGCAAAUCCGCCAAAAGCUCUACGCAACCCUUAGCAGCGACGGGCACUGCCAUUAUGUCCUCAGCUGGGGCGUCUGCAGCAGCCGAGACAGCUGUUUCUUCCACCUCCCGCUCUGCUGGACUAGGCAGUGGUGCCAAAGCCGGUAUCGCCAUUGGCGUGAUUCUCGGCAUAGUCGCUCUAAUAGCCGCCAUUUUCUUCUGUUUACGCACAAAACGACGGAUGAAAAAGGUGGAGAACAUGGUAACAUUAAGGAGUACAGCGUCCUCCGUUGACCUCGCGCCAUCUGAGAAGGCGGUAUUAGAAGACCCAGCGCCAGUGUCAUCCACACCCACACCUAUACGUUCUUCUUCACCCGGCAACGAUGGAUCCCGGGUUGCAGUCUUCAAGAUUGGAGAAAAUCAUCGCAAUUCGGAAGACUGGAGACGCUUUUUUGGCAAUGGGAAACCUCAAACGCCUGUCACUUCGACUUGA